CUUUUCUACGCUUGACGUGCGUGACGUGAAUCGAGAAGGCAGGACACGACGACGAUUGAAAUCGCUUUUAUUUCAGCCCAAGAAACGUCUUGUGCGUUGCCUGCAUUUCACAUGAUAGCAAUUACUAAAUACUCAAAAACUAAACAUUUUAUAACAGGCAUUGUGACUUAACCAAACCACCGUUUGCUAAAAUGGGAAAAGCUAAAAAGGGGAAGAAGAACUUGACCGCUGAAGAUGGUGACAGCGACGCCGAGAUCACCAACAUCGACAGCGUCAAGCCGGCCCAGAAGAAGACCAAGAGAGCAUCGGUCGCAUCUAAUGAGAGUGAUGACGAAAAACCCAAAUCUAAACCAAAACCUAAAAAAUCGGUUGAUGAAGAUGUAAAGGAAGUCACAAAAAACAUCAAAAAUGUCUCAAUUUCCAGUAAAUCACAAAAGAAAGCAGUUGUCAAUAGCAGUGAUGAUGAAUCAGACGAUGAACCAGUUGCCAAGCCAAAGAAAGGAAAACAGAAAGAGGAGAAAAAGAGUGCCUUUUCCUUAUUAGAAAUUGAGGAUGAUGACAUAUCAGCACCUGAGGAACCACCAUCUUCUGAAGAUGAGAAACCUGUUCAAAAACCACAGAAAAAAGAAACCAAGAAAGAGCCUGCUGGCAAGAAAGGAAAGAAAAAUAAGAGGAAAAAGGAUGACAGUGAUGAUGAUUUAGAAAAAGUCUUAGCAGAACUUCAAAUGGAAUAUGCUGGGGUAAAAAAAGAACCCACUCCUGCCCCCGAGCCUGAAGCAGAUAAAAAAGAGGAAGAAGCACCUGCAGAGAAACCCACCAAGUCUAAGAAAAAGGGAAAGAAAGAAGAAACCCCACCAGCCGACAAGGACAAUGAAGAAAACGAAGGCAGUGAGAAUGAAGGUGAUGUAACAAUCAAAACAGCAGCUCAAAAGAAGAAAGAGAAAAAGGAGAGAGAAAAGCAGAAAAAAUUAGAAGCUAAGAAGAAAGAAAAGGAACAAGAAGGUAGGAAGCAACCAGAGGCAAAGGCUGAGCCUAAAGUGGAUGUAAAAGAGGCCAGUGAACCUAAAGAAGAUGUGAAAGCACCUUCAGAGGAGAAAGAAGGAGAAGGGGAUGCAGGAGCUGCUGAUGGCAAGAAAAAAAAGAAAGGUGAUAAAGACAAAGAGAAAGAAGACAAGAAAAAAGGUCCAGGUCCAUCCAAGAAAACCAUAGCUGCUAUGCAGGAAGCCCUUAAAAAGGUAAAGGAAGAGGAGGAACGUCUACAAAAGGAAGAAGAAGAAAGAAUCCGCCAGGAGGAAUUGAGAGAAGAGCAAAGACUUGAAGCCAUAAGACUGGAAAAGGAAAAGAAGGAACGGAAAAAGCAAAAAGAAAAGGAACGGAAAGAAAGAUUGAAAGCGGAGGGUAAACUUCUGACUCCCAAACAAAAGGCUGAGAAGGCUCGUGCUCAGGCUAUGCUGGAGUCUCUGAAAGCUCAAGGUAUCGAGAUUGGAUCUGCACAGAAGACUCCUCGUCCGGGAACCAGGGUGAAGCCAUCUAAACUGAAGAACCAACUGUCUCAAGAAGCCCCACCGACACCAACAACUGAAGAGAAGGUUGAAGUGAAAGUUGAAGAUAAGAAGGAAGAGUCCCCUAAAACCAGCAAGGUAGCUGAGAAGGUGGUAGCCGAGGAUGUGAAGGACUCCUGGGACGCCGAGUCUUCAGAGGAGGAACCUGAGCCCGAGCCCACACCCCCGUCUCCAACCGGUGCCAAGAAAGACAAGGAGGAGAGUCCAGAAAAUGAUGAUGAUGAGGAGGGUAGUUCCGAUGAAGACGACUCGGAUGGCUCUGAGGAAGAUUCCAGUUCAGAGGAAUCAUCAGAGGAUGAGGACAUGACUGACGCCAUGAGGAAACGAGAGCUCGUGCUGAAGAGAUUGCAGAAACGUCGCGAAGACAACGAAAAGAACAAAGCGAACAACUCUCUCCGAGCGGCCGUAGUCUGCGUGCUCGGCCACGUGGACACCGGCAAGACCAAGAUCCUGGACAAGCUGCGCCGCACCAACGUGCAAGACGGCGAGGCUGGCGGGAUCACACAGCAGAUUGGGGCUACUAAUGUGCCGAUUGAGAAUAUUAAGGAGCAGACUAAGCAUGUGAAGAAUGUGGCGGAGAUAGCGUUCAAGCUGCCGGGCCUGCUGAUCAUCGACACUCCGGGACACGAGUCCUUCAGCAACCUGCGCAACCGAGGGUCCUCGCUCUGCGACAUCGCCAUCCUUGUAGUGGACAUAAUGCACGGGCUAGAACCACAGACGAUCGAGUCCAUCAACAUGUUGAAACAGAAGAAGACUCCCUUCAUAGUGGCACUGAACAAAAUCGACCGCCUCUACGACUGGCAGAGCGCUCAACGGAAGGACAUCCGGGAUAUCCUGAAGAUGCAACAGCCCAAUACUCAGCUUGAGUUUGAGAAGCGCUGUAAUGAUGUUAUCCUUCAGUUCGCUGAACAGGGUCUCAACGCAGCGCUAUUCUUCUCGAACCCCGACCCUCGCAGCUACGUGUCGCUGGUGCCCACGUCGGCGGUGACGGGCGAGGGCAUGGGCAACCUGCUGGCCAUGAUCGUGGCCGCCUGCGAGGGGCCGCUGCACAAGAGACUCGUGUUCUCGGAACAGUUGCUGGCUACUGUGCUGGAGGUGAAAGCGAUCCCCGGUCUCGGCACGACCAUAGACACGAUCCUCAUCAACGGCACCCUGCGCGAAGGGGACACCAUCAUCUGCGCCGGCACCGACGGGCCCAUCGUCACGCAGAUACGGUCCUUAUUGAUGCCGCAGCCUAUGAAGGAGCUCAGGGUUAAGAACGCGUACAUCGAGCACAAGGUGGUGGUGGGCGCGCAAGGCGUGAAGAUCGCGGCCAAGGAGCUGGAGAAGGCCAUCGCCGGGCUCAACCUGCUGGUGGCGGAGAAGCCUGACGAGGUGGACAUCAUGAAAGAGGAAGUAGCCCGCGAGCUCAAGUCGGCCCUCUCUUCGAUCCGGCUGUCGGACCGCGGCGUGUACGUGCAAGCGUCUACGCUUGGUUCACUGGAGGCUCUGUUGGAGUUCCUUAGGACUAGUAAGAUUCCUUACUCGGCCAUCCGGAUAGGGCCGGUGGUGAAGCGCGACGUGAUGAAGGCGUCGGCCAUGCUGGAGCACGAUUCGCAGUACGCCACCAUCCUCGCCUUCGACGUUAAAAUCGAGCGCGACGCGCAAGAAAUGGCGGACAACCUCGGUGUCAAAAUCUUCGCGGCGGACAUCAUCUACCACCUGUUCGACAAGUUCACCGCCUACCGCGAGGAGCUGCGCCAGCGGAAGCGGGAGGAGUUCAAGCACAUCGCCGUGUUCCCCUGCAAGCUGAAGAUCCUGCCGCAGUUCGUGUUCAACUCGCGGGACCCGAUCGUGGCGGGCGUGAUGGUGGAGGCCGGCAUCGUCAAGGAGGGCACGCCCAUCUGUGUGCCCAGUAAAGAGUUCGUGGACAUCGGCAUCGUGACGUCCAUCGAAGUGAACCACAAGCAGGUGGAGACGGCGCGCAAGGGGCAGGAGGUUUGCAUCAAGAUCGAGCCGCUGCCCGGCGAGUCGCCCAAGAUGUUCGGCCGACACUUCGACGAGACUGAUUUUCUAGUCAGCAAGAUUUCCCGAGCCAGCAUAGACGCGUGCAAGGACUACUUCCGCGACGACUUAGUGAAGACCGACUGGCAGCUCAUGGUGGAACUGAAGAAACUCUUCCAAAUCCUGUAAACCCGCCUCACCCGACUGUCCCCACUUCACCCGCCCCGCGUGGUAACUCUAUUUUAUAUUAGUCCUCAAUUGUACCCUCGCCUGUUCCAUCUAGUUUUGGUUCGUGCUUCACCGAAUCUCAGCCUGCAUCGAGUAAAGGAUUGUGCCAGCUCUAGACAAUAAUAUAGGGUACAAAUUGUAUUCAUAAGCAGCGGUUCCUUGCUUAGAGAUUGCGGUUUCUAAUGCGUAUCCAUCUUUUGUAUUCGUUUUUGUUUAUAGAAAUAUUAUCAGUUAAUGAUUAUUUUUAUUUAAUAUAUUUUUAUGAUACAGCAUUUCAAGACAACAUUCAUGUAUGUGUAUGAUCAAACUUUGUCGGUAUGGAUGCAUGUUCACUUGUAAAUAUACCAUUAUUUGCAAAUAUUAUUUAUUCACCCAGGGGAAGUGAAAGUAACCGAAGAUUUGUCUUUACAAUGUAGCAAUUACCAGUUUCCGAUAACGUGUUUUCAAAAUAAAAAUCGUUGGCUACUUUUGCUUGUCUUGUACAUAAAGUGUAUGUUAUUUUUCAACCUUUAGUAUCUUCAUGCCAGAAAAAAUACAUUUCAGUUUUAUCUUAAAUCGUCACCAAUUAUUGCAACUAUUUUCUAUCCGGAGUAUAACUCUUAUUAAAAUUAUUGUAAUUGUAACAUAAAUUUUUGUCAUAUAUUCAUCGUAAAUAUAGUUUGUGGAUCUAAAUAAUUUAUUGAAAUCGUGAUGUGUUCGAAAAUAGAAAGUGCAAUAAAAGAUCUCAAGGCUUAUGAUUCUUCACAUUUAUACGGCAAUUUAGUUUCUUGUAAUGGUGCUGAUAAUGUAUUUAUGGUCUUUUAUAAUUAUUAUCUGCCUUUUUAAUUUUGAUCAAAAGGUGAUUGAAAAAUAUUCAAGUACUUUUAUCACUUGCCUUGAUUAAAAAAUGCUUUUUAUCAGAGAGAUUUUUGUAAGUAAGUAAUCACUAACUACAAUACUUUGCCGAAUAUAUUUUUACAUUUUAAUCUAACGCCGGAGCUUUCUUGUGAAAAAGAACCACCUAUGAUAGCGAUAUUAAAGUAGUAUAUUCAGUAACUGUAGCCGGUCUACACAAAAAAAAAACACUGAUGUACGUAUUUUGAUGACAUCAUCUUCGUAAGUUUCUGGGUGCUUCUCUUUCAUAAUAUAUUCCUGUUUAUUUGAUAUAGUAUUUUCUCGACGUUUUUAACUAUAUGGUAUGAUACCAUUUUUACUCGUGACACUGUGUGUAGAAGCGGGAAUACGGGCCAAACUGAAGGUACGGAAGGUUGUGUUUUGUAUGUAGGAAUUUCCCUUUUUGAAAGCUUGUAUUAUAUAGAUGGAAUCGGACAUAUUCUUAUAUUGAGGAAAUUUUAUUAAAUUACCUAAAAUGUUC